CUAAAACUGUUGGUUUUGUUGGUUUUGAUUGGCGUAUGGCCUGCAACUUCUACCCAAUUGGAUUGCUUUUCUUGAUAGAUUGUUUUUCAUGGCUAAAGGUUGUUGUUCUAUUGAGUUGGAGCCUAGGACUUUGAGUGAAGGACAACUCAACCAUGCUAGGGAACUGGCUGCUGAUGUGGUUGAGAAAAUGGAACCAGAAGAAGCCUCGGCUAUAUUCAUUCAGGGACUGAGACCGGUUGGCUCAAUGAAAGAGAUGGUGCAUAUGGUUGCUGAAGAGGGUAAGCAACUGCAGAGUAAGGUUGUGGAGUGGAAGGAGGCUCAAAUUCUUGAAACGCCCCCUUGCCAGUGCUUGUGCUCUACUGUCAAAAUUGAAUCCCCCGAUCAAGGAACGCUUACCGAACCGUUGUCAGCCCCAUUUUGAAACUUCUUGUUGUUUUGAUUCAUAAUCUCACAUGUCAUGUUAUUAGUUUGUAUGAUAUGAGAAUAUUAUAUUUGUAAAAUAAAUAAAAGUUUUUGUUAAUAUCUAAAACA